GUUGUCUUCCCCACCAGUACACUCAUCGAUACAUAAACAACGUGGUAUCUGUUUCUCUCGUGCUGUCCAUCUGACCUACGUGAUCACUCGCUCUUAACAAGGCGGGGAGGAGAAGGAGGGGUGUAACUAUUGCUGUAAUCACGUGACACAGUUCAAGGAUCCUAUUGGUCAAGCCCCUUCCUUGCUUCCCCCUCCUUCCCGCCCUGGACCUCCCACCCUGCAGCACAACGGCGUUAGUGGUGGUCUGCGGCGGGUGUGUGGUGCCUCCUUCCUUUGUUAGCUGGUGUUGGAUGAGAAGCUUGACUUGCGUGACUUGUGGUGAGAUGUGGUGUGAAACAUAGGAAAAGGAAGAAAGGGAGACAGUGAGACGCUGGAAAACCGAGCGAGUGAGUGAGGAGAGAGAAAUAGAGAAAGAAAGGGAUGUGUGUGAUAUACCAUUCCCUGCCUCCUUUCCCUCAUACUGGAGCUUGUGAGGGGAGUGGAGGUGUGUUGCGAGUUGGUCUUGUGUGAACCCCAACACGCCGGAUGGGGACAGCCAGCCAUCAUCCCCUGCAGCAAUCCUCGUCCUCGCCCGCCUUGUCCCUUACAGCCUCCCGCAGCCUCCUGGAUGUAUGCGUCAUCACCGCCGAGCCAAGGUAACCAUGACAGUCCAUCCGAGGGGCAGAUUUGCGAAGCGGUACAGUUGUGUUGGCUGAACAGUUGUGAAGGUUUGCUCCAGUGGGGUGAGUGUGUGGAGGGAAGAGGAGAGGUGUGUGCGUGUGUGUGUGUGUGCGUGUCUUGAGUGGGGAGUGUGGAAACAGCCUGUGGAAAAGGGCAGGUGUCUAUAUGUGUGCGUGUGUGUCUUGACGGUUACCGAUAAAGAGAUCGCCAUGGGCGUGUAGAGAGCAGGUGUGCUGGUGCCGAGAACACCCUCAAGAUGAGCUGCGCGUGUGACUGAGGGAAGCCAGAACGCAUUACGGGCAGCGAGCGUCGCCGAGAGGCAGCCACGCCACCAUGCCUAAGGAGUUCCAGCACCCGUUUUACAAGAUGCCGUGGCUCUUGGAGGAGGAAUACGGGUCACUCGAGGACCUAGACUGCCUCGAGGGUCGUGUGUAUUUGCCCAGGACGACACACCAUGUCCUCCCCCUGUGGGCAGAUGAUGACGACGAUGAGGAGCCUCCCCAGAGAUCCCACGGGCGUCCCUAUCAUGACGGCGGCACCAGUGAGGAGAGUGUGGAGGUUGUGGCUCCCUUGAUUGACCCUCGGCGCGCCGUGCUGCUACCUGGCUACACGGGUGACCACUUCCCCGUGUGGAGGCGAACAGACCCUCCCAAGUAUGUCAACGGCGCCUCCAGGCCUGCUAGGGAACCUAUGCCCAAGGUUGGAAUCCCUAAAAUAGAAAUGCAGAGCCCUGGUGACUCAGACGAGGAAGGCCAGAUCAGUGAGGACACGAAGGAACCUCCUGCCAAGGCGACGAAAGGGACUCGAAAUAGUGACUCGACCAAAUCCCAGCCUCGGAUGUCCCUGAGUUCCCUGAGGCGCUCCUCCACCCUUACCAGGAUCAAUGAGCUACUGCAGAGGGCUCGCUCAGAGGUGUUCGAGGGCGAGGACGGCUUGACGGCCCGUGAGAAGAUCCGACACCUGCUGCGUAACUCACACGCGGACGACGUACAAAGGUGAGUGUUCCCUGCCCCUGGCCAUCACCUGGCUCUUACUUCUCUGUUCUAAUGAUCCAAUUUGCUGUGCAUCACUAUUGUGUCACUGAUGGAGCAUUCACAGCAAACACGCUUUAUGGUGCUGCCUUGCCUUUUUCUUGUCGAUUUCAAGCUGCGUUUCGUUCCCUCGAUACCUCGAGGGCCGUUUUCUUUUCCUGCGUCUCUCUCUCUCUCAAUUUCCUCGGAUGCUUUGCACUUUCUUCCUAUACCUAUUUUCCUCCCAUUCUUACACCGUCCAUCAAAUCGUGGCGGUAAACGACUCAACACACAGAUACAUACGUUACGCUGAGUAAUCAAUAUUGAGCGUAUGUAUUGAAGGCGGGUAGUAAUUUCCAGACGUACAUUGGCUAGUCAGGCAUCUUGAUUGCUCCCCUGGCGCUGCCCUAGGUGGCGCCUCCUUCUACAGGUAUGUUGGCAGGUGUGUACUGUGUGCAGGUCUGGAUAUUCCUAAAGGAUAUGAGACGGAUUUGUCGUCGGUCAGUUUGCCGUGUUUUGUGCAGGUGUGUAUGAGUGUGUGCUGGUGUGUCAGGUGUCGUGGCCAGGUGUGGGCGUGUGAGGAACGAAGGUGAC